AGUAUAUCGCAGUUAAUUGAAUAGAAUGUGUGAAUAGAUGUUUUGCGUAUCUAAAUUGAAUAACAAAAAAUGAAACUUUUAAUAUUCUUAUUGUCGUGUACUUUUGGCCACAGUGCAAAAAUUUUGGGGUUUUUUGCCAUUCCUUCUAUUAGCCAUCAGAUAAUUUUUCAGCCAGUUUGGAAGGAACUUUCACUGAGAGGCCAUGACGUCACAGUAAUAACUACUGACCCUCUCAAAGAUCCAAAUUUGACAAAUUUGACAGAGAUAGACACUUCGCGUAUGUACGGCAGGCUUUUUGAUAUGGGUUGGCCUCAUAAGGCCUCUUCAGCCAAUAGUAUCUUUGGCAGAGUCGCGUUUUUGUGUGAUAUAACAUCAGGCGUUGUCGAGGAACAACUUGGAGAGGUACUAAGUCUUCUGAACAAAGGAGAGAAGUUUGAUUUGGUUCUGGUUCAAAUAUCUUACAACCUCAAUUUGGCUUUAGCAGCGGCUCAUGCUUUUGGAGAACCUCCUGUUGUUGGAAUCUCCUCACUGGGACUAUUCCUCCACUCUCACGAUGCCCUCGGCAACCCAACUCAUCCAAUCGUAUCACCCGACAUGAUGCUCAACUUCUCCGGCAAAUUAUCAUUCUUCGACAAGGUCCAGAGUUUCCUGUACAACAUUUGGUACAGGAUGUUCUAUUACUGGUACGCGCUUCCUAAGGCAGAUAAGAUCGCUAGGAAGUAUUUUGGAGACGACAUGCCUUACUUGGGAGAUCUGGAGAAAAAUAUUAGUUUAUUGUUAUUAAAUGUGAAUCCCAUUAUACAUAAUGUAAGGCCGAAUGUUCCGAAUGUGAUUGAGAUUAAUCAAAUGCAUAUAAAAAAGAGGAAACCGUUACCUAAAGAUAUACAAGACUACCUAGACUCCGCUCCACAAGGAGUAGUUUACUUCAGUUUGGGAUCAAACGUGAAGAGUGCCAAUUUGACUGAGCAAAUAAGGAAAGAAAUUGUUGCUGGUUUGGGAGCACUACCUUACAAAGUUUUAUGGAAAUGGGAGACUGACUAUCUUCCUAAUAAACCUGAUAAUGUAAUGACUAAGAAGUGGUGCCCUCAACAGGAUAUUCUCGCUCAUCCAAAUAUUAAGGUGUUCGUUAUGCAGGGAGGAUUGCAAUCUAUAGAAGAAGCUAUAACCUUAGAAGUACCUCUAGUAGGAAUGCCUUUUGUUACUGACCAACCCUCUAACAUCAAACGAAUAGUAGAACUAGGACUGGGUGUUAAAGUCGACCACAAAACCUUGACGAGGGACAUUCUUAAGGAUGCUAUUAUGGAGGUAGCCCAGAAUCCAAAAUACAAGGAAGAAGUUAAAAAGGCAAAAAGUAUACUAUUGGACCAGCCCAUGAAGGGAGUGGAAAAGGCAGUUUGGUGGAUAGAGUACGUCAUCAGACACAAAGGAGCCAGACAUCUGAGAAGUCCAGCGGCAGAUAUGACGUUGUUGGAGUACUUCAUGGUCGAUGUUGUACUAUUUUUGUUGACAUGUGUUGUAGUUGCUUUGUACUCUGUAUAUAAAUUAUUGAGCGUACUAAGAGCGAUGUUAAGGAGUUCACAGAAGAUUAAAAAGCAAUAGUUUUCAAUUCUUUCUAAACUAGUAUUAAUUUUUUUUAAUGUGUUCCUUAUAAGUUACUUUGUAAGUAAAAUAAAUAAAUACAUAUUUUUAAAUUAAA